UCUUAGUAUAGUUACAUUUGAAUCGCGUGUUAACCAGUCGCCCGCAAAAUAUCCUUGGUGUUAAUUUAAUUUGGGUUGUUAUUAUCAAAUAUUAGUAUUGCUAUGUGUUUUCAUACAUUUGUGAUUGCACAGUGAUUAUUUAGCUGAGAAAAUGAUGCUGAAGAUCUGUGCGUUGGUCGUGGCCCUGACGCUUGGUCUUACUGGAGCUCUCAACCCCCAUCACCAGUCUCUAGCACCACUUAUUGACAGCGUCUUCUUCGCGAAUGACGUAAUAGUUGCAAGAACCCAGCAGGGAGAGAGGGAGGGAGGUAAACAAGGUGACAAAACACCCUGCGAAAUGCCAGACGGUAGCAGUGGUUACUGCGUGCAUUCGUACCUUUGCGAGAGCCAACAAAUCGUUAAAGAUGGGGCUGGAUUGAUUACUGAGAGGAGAUCCCAGUGUGUCGCGCCUAAAAUAUGCUGCAAACAGAGAAAAACUAAUCAGGAAACACCUCAUGUCGGUAGCAGGAGCAAUGGUGACAAAACACCUUGCGAGUUGCCAGACGGUAGCAGGGGUUACUGCGUGAAUUCGUACCUUUGCGAGAGCCAAGAAAUCAUCAAAGAUGGGGCUGGAUUGAUUACUGAGAGGAGAUCCCAGUGUGUCGCGCCUAAAGUAUGCUGCAAACAUAGAAAAACUAAUGAGGGAACACCUGAUAUCAGUAGCAAGAGCAAUGUAAGAAAAUGCAAGUUCAACAAUGGCAAGGAGGGCUACUGCGUUAAUCCAAACAGUUGUAGGAACAGAAAAAUUAUGGGAAGUUAUUCCAGGACCAUCACAUCCUCAGAUUGCUUGGAAACGGAAGUGUGCUGCGAGAAAGACCAUGAAAAUAUCGAGUCUACCACAAAGUCACGGACUUUGGUGCCUUCUAUUCCAAAGAAUCUACCCAAUGGCGCACAAUGUGAAGCCUACGACGGUAGUAUCGGAAGAUGCACUCUGCCUCACACCUGCAACAACGAUAGCACCAUCCUCGACGGCUCCGGGCUCAUCGUGGAACGCAAAGUCGACCCGUGCGGAGACUGGGGGAAUGCCAUACAAAUAUGCUGCCCAGCGAAGUACCUAGCGGGGAAAAUACCAGAUAUUGAAGCAACUACCGUAUUGACUAAAAGCAGGUCAAUGGACGACGAGGAGGAAAAUAGCAGUUGUUUAACGGGGGCCGACAAUGCAGGCAAAUGUGUGCCUUUUCAUCACUGUGAGGACUAUGACGGCGCUGACCUUCUAGAUAAAAGGACAAUGCGUUACUGCCCUGCUUUGACAACUUGCUGCGAAUUGGACAGGAUUAAUAUGGAGUCUAUUCCAACGAAUGUUAAGAAGGAGGGUUGUGGACUGGCGAACCCAGACGGACUGUGGCCAGCCUUUAAGACAUCCUUUUUAGAAGCAAAAUUCGGCGAAUUCCCUUGGGUAGCUGCUGUUAUGACUAAGACCUCCUCUUUCCCUGUGAAUCGAAACAUCACGGUGGGAUCCCUGAUACACCCCUCUAUGGUGCUCACGGUAGCUCACUACGUGGACCGAGCUGUGGACGGUGACGUCAGAGUGAGGGUAGGAGAGUGGAACACCCUGGAUGUAAACGAACCGCUUCCGCAUGAAGAGGUGGCGGUGAAGAAGAUUGUCAUUCAUCCAGACUUUAUGAGAAAGAACUACCGGAACGACAUCGCCCUGCUGAUCCUUGAGCACCCAGUAAAGCUGGCUCCGCACGUCAGCCUGGUCUGUCUGCCGGAGCCGGGAGCGGUGCCGGCUCCGGACACCGACUGCGUUUCAAACGGCUGGGGCAAAGACGCGUUCGGGAAGAAGGGAGCCAUCUCCAGCUACCUUAAGAAGGUGCCCCUUCCGUGGGUGGAGCACGGCGAUUGCCAGGACCGCCUCCGCACCACCCGGCUUGACUCCUUCUUCGAACUGCACGAAGGAUUCGCUUGCGCGGGCGGCGACAAGCUCGACACAUGCAGCCUGGAUGGAGGAGGCCCUCUGGCUUGCCCGUCAGAGAGCGACCCAGGCAGAUACAUCCUGUACGGGGUGGUGUCCUGGGGCAUAGACUGCCAUAUGCCCGGGAUCCCCGGGGUCUACAUGAAUGUGGCACACUACCGAACCUGGAUAGACCAGGUUAUGGAAACUGAAGGAGGCUGCUUUGGAAAUCAAUUUGUCAAAACUCUCAUAUACCUCUUGGAAAGUGGAUGUCAAGAGUUCCUUAAGGCUUUCCUCAGAGCUGUUAUUUCCAUUUAUCCUCUACAUAGAGAUAUUAUUAUUUACUUGUGUAAUGUUAUUUUAAAACAUAAUAGGCAUUAUACAUGUAAUUUAUCUCUGUCCAUAAAGGAAAAGCAUUACUUAGUGAACUGUGCAAGCAAUAUGAAGCAAUAUAUACUGGUGCUCGCUCUAGCGGUGGGCUGCCAAGCCUUCUUCAAGCCAGGAGCUCAGGCUCCGAUGGAAGAUGAGCAGGUGGACGAGGAUUACAUAUUCAGGGAUGAUGAAAUCACUGAGAUCGCACCAAUCAUCCCGAAGUCUUCUACGGACCAACAGAAAUGUGGAGUGCGUCACAAUAACGGCGAAUUCCGAAUCGGUGGUAAAACGAAAGCUUUGUUCACUGAAUUCAACUGGGUAGUGCCGAUCAUGGAAGUCCUCUGGAAUGGCACCGAAGAGUACGUCUGCGUGGGCUCCCUCAUCCAUCCAGAGGUCGUGAUGACUGUCGCCCACUACUUCACGGCUAAAAGGAACCUCAUCAUCAAGGCUGGGGACUACGACAUCAGCCACACCAAGGAGAGACACCCGCAUCAGGUCCGGGACGUCUCCAGCGUGAAACUGCACCCGAAAUUCAAACUGGGGAUCCUCAAAUACGACAUCGCUCUGCUGUUCCUCUCAACCCCGGUGAACCCCGCCCCACACGUUGGGUUCGCGUGUCUCCCGCCCGCCCUAUCCAUGACCCCAGCCGACACCGCCUGCUACGUCACCGGCUGGGGCAUGGAGACCUAUGAUAAGAAUGGAGAGAUCUCGCAUGUCUUGAAAAAGGUGGAGGUUCCAGCAGUUGCUGAUAGCCAUUGCCAAGAGGUUUUCAGGGACAAAAUCGGACCGGCCUUUAACCUGCACAAGACUUGGAUGUGCGCAGGGGGGGAGGAGGGGAGAGACGCCUGCCUACGCGACGGCGGAGGACCGCUUGUAUGCCCGUAUAAGAACCCGAAGAUCGAAAACCAAUACUUUCAAGCUGGAAUCGUUUCGUGGGGCAACAACUGCGGCUUGAAGGGGGUUCCUGGAGUAUAUUCCAACGUGGCUGCGCUUCGGCAGUGGAUCGACGACACUAUGGCCGCUGGAGGCUACACCACCGAGUAUUAUACCCCUUAGAUUGGUGACGGUUUUCUAAAAAGUGGACGUUGUAAUAAUAAAAAAAAUUUUUCAUCAUAAA